AUGCGCGGUGCAAGCAUCGUCCUCUCCGCGGCCGUCGCGUCGGCGCUCGGGGCCAACCCGGUCAUCUACGAGAUCUCGACACGCCCGUGGCUCUACGAGCUCUCGCUCAAGUACAACCGGCCCAUGUCGCUCGACGAUCCCUCGGUGCAUAUGGCCUGA